AUGCAAAUCCGGUAUAUCAACCGAGCCCUGCAACGAUUUGACUCCACUCAGGUCAUUCCCACGCAGUUUGUCCUGUUCACGCUCUCGGUUAUCAUUGGUAGUGCCGUUCUCUACCGAGAUUUCGAAUCGUACACCGUCGGGCGAGCUGCAAAAUUUGUGGGUGGCUGUCUCUUAACUUUCCUUGGUGUAUACUUUAUCACAAGUGGCCGGGUCAACUCCGACGACGAGUCGUCCUAUUCCGCGGAAGACGAAGAAGAAGCGAUUGGUCUGUUCGAGGGAGAGCGGUACCGGGACCAUGUCGACAUGUCGCCUCCUGCACGCCAUACCAGAUUACACGAGGCCGGCCAAAGAGUUCCCGAAGAACAUGACGAACUGCGAUCUCCGGCCGGGUCGCUCAUCAGUCGUGGAAUUGAAGACCUUGACGAAGGACAGUCGGUUGGAUCACUGACAGCCGAGUCACCCCAAGCAUCUCCCACGCCCUCGCCGUUCCAUUCCGAGUCUCUCUUAACAAACCCAUGGGCCGAUGUUCAAAGACCAGGCAUCGAUACACACAAGUCUGAGCCGCAGAUCCCUCGUCCCUCCACUCCGGAACAGGAACAAUCGGAUUCGACAGUACUUCUCCGCUUCCCUCCGGCCCCUGGUGCCGAAGAACAGGAACCUCCCAAGACAGCCGCUCCUGCGGAGCCUGAACAGCCCAAAUCUCAGAACACCCUCGUCCCUCAGACCCCACCCGCACGCCGACUACGCAACUCAAUCUCAUCUCGCUUCUCCCCGGGUCCUCUUCUCCCCACCAUCUCAGCCGGCUUCAGUGCCGUAGUCGCCGAAUCCCUUCGUCGCGGCGAGACCAGUCCUGUGAAGGAACGGAAACAUCGACGCAGAGAACGAGGGAAGCAUCUCAGCACAACGGUGUUAGACGGAUACCUCCGCAACCGCGAUUUGGACCCUCGGGCUCCUGUCGAUGCUGAGGCUAGCAAUCAGCCUAGCACAGCGGACGGUGCUUUCGAUCCUCGAUUUGCGCUGGCUACGGCCCGUCUUCACUCCACCGGUGAUCUGGCCACUGCUCCUGUGACUCCUGGGCUUGAUGGCGGCGAGAUCCAUCACCCGUCCCAGGGCGACGAGGCUGCCUCGCUCUCGAGACUGCGGAGCCUGAGUGACUCGUGGAGCGGAGGCCUGUCCUGGCUUGGCAACACGCUUCGCAGACAUGAUGGGUACUCUCAGCCAGACAGCCAGUCUCAAGGGCAGGGACAAGGAGCGCAUGCCAAUGAGCAGUCUUCAAACGGCGAACAAGCACAAAAACAAAACCAACAGCACAAUCAACAGAGCACAGACCCUUGA